UAACUAUUAAAGCGAUUUGGCAUGUUGCUAAUAAUACAUGACAAGCAAGCAUGUGAGUCUGUGGUAGAUGAACCCUGCACAUGUUUGUAUCAUAUCACAAACAAAAAACUCUCUUUUGUCUUUCUUUCUACUCUUUUUAUUCAGUUAAACAAAAAAGGUAUCAGUAUCCACCGCAUAACACAGUAUUAUGAACUUUUUAAGGGAAUAUAAACACAAAUGCAUAUUACAAAACAUAGUGUGCAGAACUACUGUCUUUUUUGGACUUAGUAUUACUUACAAAUAUACAGAUGUAGAAGAAUUAAAUUAAGAUAUACACAGGCUAGAUAAAGAUACAAGACCCACAUGUAAGGUUUUGUUGCUACGUACUACAUAGUUUACACACACUGGCCACCUUUAUUUAAACACCACUCUCUAUCUCUCCUUCACUCGAUCAUCAUAGUCUCUUUCUUCUUCUACAAACAAUAUAGUCAUGGCAAAGUCUCUAGCUGGAGUGGCGCUUUUAGCCGCUCUUUUUAUAACGGUUGAUGCGUUUAGGCCUUCUGGUUUAACCAACGGUCACGCCACAUUCUAUGGAGGGAGUGACGCUUCAGGAACAAUGGGCGGAGCUUGUGGGUACGGAGAUCUAUACUCGGCGGGGUAUGGGACAAUGACGGCGGCGUUAAGCACGGCUCUCUUUAACAACGGAGCUUCGUGUGGAGAAUGCUAUAGGAUAACGUGUGAUUACGCGGCGGACUCAAGGUGGUGCAAGAAAGGAGCUUCCGUGGUUAUUACAGCAACUAACUUCUGCCCACCAAACUUUGCUCUACCGAGCAACAACGGUGGUUGGUGCAACCCGCCGCUAAAACAUUUCGACAUGGCACAACCUGCUUGGGAAAAGAUCGGGAUUUACAGAGGCGGGAUUGUUCCCGUCGUUUUCCAAAGAGUAAGCUGUUAUAAGAGAGGAGGAGUGAGAUUCAGAAUAAACGGAAGGGAUUACUUCGAGCUAGUGAACAUAUCGAACGUAGGAGGAGCUGGUUCCAUUAAAUCUGUAUCCAUUAAAGGAUCAAAGACUGGUUGGUUAGCCAUGUCUCGCAACUGGGGAGCUAACUGGCAAUCAAACGCUUAUCUCGAUGGUCAAUCUAUCUCUUUCUCAAUUACCACUACUGAUGGUGCUACAAGAGUGUUCCUAAAUGUUGUUCCUUCUUCUUGGUCCUUUGGACAGACUUAUUCUUCCAGGGUUCAGUUUUAAAUACUUUUUUUUUUCCUUUUUUUCCCUGUCUGAAAGAUUAUUGGCAGUGGUCGCGCUUUGAGUCUAUUCUUUUCUCCCGGAGCGACCCGCCCGCUUUGUUAUUAUUAUUAUUAUCCCUUAU